CACGUUCAGUUUCUCUGACUGAAUUUAGUUGCAUUUCAAGUUUCUGUAGCGUUUGUUUAGUGUCGGUUAUGUCGAAAAUUUUCUCUUCUGCGUUCGUAUUUCAGUCGAAUUUUUCGCAUAAUUUUACUACGAAUGGUUAUUUCGACAAUUCUACAUUGUAAUUUAUCACGUAUCAAUCUUUGAUUGAAGUUCAAUUGCUGCUCUUACAGGAUUGAGAAAACAUCGUUGGAUGACACCCUAGAUAUACCCACUGACACGUGACCCCGAUUCAAAUUUCUUUCUCCAAUGAGGUAGUACACAAUACUCGACGAAAUGGCCCACCACCAACACCACAUACGAACAAUCCCAUCCAGGGCGAUAUUGAUAUUGCUCUACCAUACGUUACCAUAUACCACAUGCCUGCCCGACCCUCCGACCAGAGUAUCGUUUAAAGAACCUUUCACCCCAACCGCAUUCCCCAUAUUGACCACCGAGCCGGGUAACUUCAAAGAAGUCGUCCGACGUAGCAGCCUUUUCGUGGAUAAAAGCUUGCUAGCUCGCGAGAUUAUCCUACAUCCGAGCCACCUGUACUUGAGCUGUCCUCGUUACUGGGGUAAAACUUUCAACCUGCAAAUGUUACGAACGUUUUUCGAAAUCGAAAUGGAUAAGUAUGGUAAACGAGUACCUCGCGAGCAGACCUUCAACUAUCGUUUGUUUCACGAUGGCGAAGUGGUGGCCGAAGAUGGCAGCGUGCAAAAGCUUCGCAGUCCUUUGCUCAUCUCCAAGUAUCCUCGUUUCUUGGACGAGUUCUUGGGCCAGUAUCCGGUCGUGUAUUUCGAUAUGACUCACGUACGUCCGACGCGAUAUGUCGAGUGUGCUUUUCAAAUCAACAACGCCAUUCACGAGUGCUACCAGCAGCAUUCGUUUCUGACCAAGGCUCUGGUCAAUACUACGCAUAUGGAGCAUUUCGUGCAGAUUUUCGACGGAGUUUACCCGAAGCAUACGGCUGCUACGAGUUUGCGAACGUUGAGCGAGAUUUUGUGGACUCAUUACGGUCGUCCUGUUAUCUUGCUGGUGGAUGGGUUCGAUAAUUUCCUGAUUAAUUUAUCGCUGCUGGAGAUGGACAGUGAAGACAAGACGGAUAUCGUGAAUUUCAUCAAUUUACUUCUUGGUAAAAGCAUCAUCCGCAAUGAUUACCUGUACAAGGCUAUCGUUACUGGCACCAUUGACAUGAGCGAUGAAUUCUUCGGCCUCAGACGAAACGUCCAACCGGAGUUCUUGAACGACGAAUUAUACGAAUAUUUCGGAUUCACCGAACGUAACACUAAAACAAUGCUGGAGCAGUUGCAGUUCACUCCAGAGGAUCGUCUCCAAAUCCGCGAUUGGUACGGUGGAUAUAGAGCUGGUGUAAAUUCAACCAGACAAUUGUACGAUCCGGCUGCGAUAUCGUUUCAUCUAUCGGAUCGCAAAUACCGCAGUUACUGGGACGAUGACCGAUUGGUGAACGAAUUCUUGCAGAAUCUAUUGAUGACCAAGUAUUUCCGUACAGUGGCCACAUCUCUGAUAUCCGGUGCGAAUUAUUCGAUCGCCGUCAAGCAUCUGAGAUUCUGCGAAACGGAUUUCCUGCAGAUUAAAAAGGUAAUGAAGAAUCCCCAGAACGAGAGAAGCGUCCAUAACCCACUGAGGUAUUUUCUUCUGAGAGGGCAUUUGACUGUCAGCGACGCGAACCAAUAUGGCAAGAAUAUCAAGAGCAAUAGUACGGUGAUCGAAGUGAAAAUACCGAAUAGAGAUGUGGCCAAAACGUGGCGUAAAAAGCUAUCCGAUCAUUUCGAGAUUAAGCUCAGUAUCAAACCGAAACGAUACCGAGGGCUGAUUUACCAUUUCGCUGAUCUUUUCGGCGACUUCUUCGCUGCAAACAGUGAACGCAGCGAAGAACUAAAUCAAGCUCUUCACGCUGUCAUGAAGGAGUUCCCAAACUACCUGAGGUUGAGUGCUAAACUCAAAUGUGGAAAAGGAUCGCUGGUUGAGACUGUGAUGCAGUAUUUGACCUUGUUUAUCGACAGGUACGUUAGAUUGAACUCGGAAGCUAUUGUGUUUUACGACGAUGUUCGAGUUAUUAUCGUGAAUACGAGUUAUGAAGCUGAGUCGGGACGAGUGCCGAUGGAAGAAGCUAAAUCGGUGCUGGAAGAAAUGACACUGCCGAAGAGAUUCGAUACGAUUAGAUAUAUAGGUGUUAAUUUCAGCCCCGAGAAGGAGGUUCAUAUUCAAGGGUUGAGUGAUUUUAGGUUUUGGAUUUCAGGGAGCAAGCUCACUUGAAUUGGACGUUGCCUGAUCAGUUUCGGUGUUAUUCUGACUUACUUGGGGCUUGGAGCUUGGUUCGGUGCCAAAUUUUGGUGGAAAAUACUCCUUGAAAUUUUGAACUUCGAUGAAAAUUUAUUAAGUGGUUAUUUGGUUCGAAUUUUCGGAAUUGAUUUUCAAUUUACCAUUCAAAAUGAAGUGAAUCAUAAAUUAGAGGCGACAGAUUGAAAAAUGUAUUUCUUUGCGAGGUAGAAAUCUCAAAUUUUAUUAAUCACCCUCCCUUCCUACUCCUCUUUUAAACGGCUGAUAUUUUCGCACAUCGAUCUCCUCCUCAUAUGUAUACUUAGGUACUAAUAAACUCAUCAUGUGAACUAAAAUAAGUACAUAUAAAAUUAUUUAUUUCCCCUUC